UAACGAAGAUAACAAUGUCAGCUCAAGCAGUCAUCCUCCAGUUCUCGCUUCACAAUGCAACAUCAGAGGAUGCGGGAAGAUACCACUGUUCCACAUGGCGUGAUGACCCCAUUCCCAAUUGUCAGCACAUGUUGUAUGUACAACGAAAACACGCUCACCCAUACAUCAGCGUCGUUGUCAGCACUACCAACAUCGUUUUGACAUGCAAAACCAAGUCGUCAAUUGUACCUGUGGACCAUGAUCUUAGAAUGAUAUACACGUGGAAGAGAAACGGACAAGAUGUUGAAGUUGGUGGGAGGUUCCACGCUUCAGGACAAACCCUGGCUUUGAUUGAUGUGAAGAAAGAGGACCUGGGCAACUACUCAUGUCAAUGUACAGAGGAAGGUCUUGCAUCCAACUGGAGUGAUACAGUCGAUCUCCAAAUGCUAGCAAAACUUGAAGUUGGAGAACUGACAGUGAAUGGAACAACAUGCAAAACUGUAAAAGAAAAUCAAGUUGUCGUCUUCAGGUGUAUGGUUGAGGGUCCUCCAUUCGCAGCUGUGUCUCUUAUUCAGGAAAGUACUUUGGUCUCAGUGGAUAUGUCCAGGACACAACAAAAUGUGUAUGAACAUGUUAUGGUUGUACGGAAGUGUUCUCAGCUCGGGGUGUAUUCUUGUAGAGCCACGAAUGUUGCCGGUACAUCAGAAGAUGAACAACAUACAGUUGUCUUGAAAGGAAUGCCACGUGAACAAGCAUCACAUGCUUCUGUGAUCAUUGGAAAGACUCAUUCGAUGGUUAUCAGCAUUACGCUGUGUUCAUACCCUGGACCAUCGAAACCAAAACUGGGCUUCACACAGUCAGGCAAUCUUAGAGAUAUUACCAACAUAAAGAAGUAUGACCUGGCAACCAAGAAUAUACCACACAAUGUAUUUGAAUAUUCAUUCAUUAUACAUAAUAUCACCGACGCAGACUUUGGGGUAUACAAAUUCAGUGUGGAAUAUAAUCACUCUUCAACUGAUUUCAAUAUUUCUGCCUCCAAAAAAACAGAUAUUCCAGGAAGGAGUCUACAUCUUGUUGUUGGUUGUUCAGUGGCCGCGAUCGCUAUAGUCCUGGCCAUCAUUGCUGGUGUCAUCCUGUCACGAUUCAACCAGAUACGAGACUACUGGCACCUAAGGUUUAGAUCGUACAUGACACCCAUGCAGAACAUGCCAGAACAUAUCGAUGAUCGAGAGUAUGCUGAAAUCGACGAUGCUGAUUUAUCUGGUCGUGGAGCAGGCAACAUUGUGCAACCUGUUGUUGAUGUCCCGGAUGAUAACAACAUUCCACCUGCAUGCGGUGCAAGACACAGGCGGGAGAGGCAGCAGAUGGAAUGUGAGGAUGAUGAAUAUGAAGAGAUGAGACCCCUAGAUGCUACCAACAGAGAAGAACACCUAACAGAGCAAGGCAGGACAGCUGAAAUGCAGCAGCCUGACAUGGAUAUUAAGGAAGACAUUACGGAUGAGAUGAUCAUGACAUUACCUGGCUCCCAUGUUCAUUCAGAACCCAGGAUUGUUGUUGGUGAUUGGUCGGCUGAAGGAAGAGAAUCUGGAAAUAUGGCACCAGCGAUUAUAAAUGAGUUUGCAGAAACAAGCUUCAUGACUCAAGAACCUAAUGAAACAGGCACUGAUAAAUUACCCGCUGCCGGUGGAAUGUAUUCAGGAAUAGAAUAGGUGGG